UGCCCUCACCCUGGGUGCGAGGAGGUCAUGGUGAACGUGGGUGGCGAUGAGGUGGCGGAGUGCGAGUGCUCGUGGUGCCAUCAGCUGUUCUGCGCGAGGUGUGGUGUGACGUGGCAUCAUGGUUUGGAGUGUGGGGAGUUUAGGAGAAGGAAAGAGCAGAAGAGAGAGAAGGAGAAGCUGAGGAGGCUGUCGAGGGAGAAUAAGUGGAGGAAGUGCCCGAGUUGUAAGGUGUUUGUGGACAAGACGGAAGGAUGUAUUCAUAUUACCUGCAGGUGUAAAUUUGAGUUCUGCUAUAUAUGUGGAGGGAACUGGAACGAUGCACACUGGAACACUUGCCAGGAAUAG